ACACACACUCGAACGCACCUGUCAAGCACGCGGAGGGCUGUAUAGCGCGUCCCGAUGACUGUGUGUGCUGCCCAGCUCAGUUUGCUGUGCGUUUUCACGAAGGCCAGGUUCGGUGCAGGGGUUGGCAAAACGUCGCUCACGCAUCUGAUCGCCAACAAUGAGCCGCUCACAUCGCCCGGCUGGACGGUCGGUUGCUCGGUGGAGGUGAAGCUGCACGAGUACAGGGAAGGUACGCCGGCCCAGAACACGUUCUUCGUCGAGCUGUGGGACGUUGGCGGCUCGAUCAGCCACAAAAACACGCGCGGGGUCUUUUACAAUCCCACGCACGGCAUCAUCCUCGUGCACGAUCUGACCAACCGGAAGAGCCAGGAAAAUCUGCAACGAUGGCUGGCGGAAAUACUGAACAAGGAUGGCAAGGAUGCGCUCAAGGGCGGCGACGCGAUCGAUAUGGAUCCGGAACAGUUUCUCGGCUCGACGCAGUUUAAACUUUCUCAGAUCCCUAUACUGGUGAUCGGCACGAAGCUGGACAUGCUGGACGAAGGGCACAAGCAGAAAAUUCAAACCCGCACGUCCGCCGGCAGCAUUGCGGAACAGUGUGGAGCGGACGAGAUAUGUCUGAACUGUCACGAAUCCCGCUCGCUGGCCGCGGGAACGACCGAUGCCGUGAAGUUGGCCCGAUUUUUCGACAAAGUGAUUGAGCGGAAGUAUCACAACCGAGAUACGGGCAGGAAGUACGCCACCAGCUAUAGCUCCACCAUGGCGGGACCGUUCGGAUCAUUCCCACUGGCGCAGCAAAGCUCUACGUUUAGUUAUCUCAACGCUAAUCCAGUGACUGAAAGCUUAUCGUGAUAUUGUAAAUAAAUGUUAAGCCUUAUUUCCA